AUGUCUAAUACUGGAUUGAAUAUGAACGAUCAAAAACGAAUCAGUUUGUCAGUUACCUGUUCUGUAUUACAUAACACACUCUAGUGAAGAACAUAUAAAAUAUAUUAUACUAAGUACUAACUUUAUCAUAAUAAAAACCAAUAUUAAAUUAUUACAAUGAGAUUAUCAACGGGCAGCUACUGUCACAAUUUGUUUUAAUUCUUGAAGUUAUCCGUUAGGCAUGCGUAUAGAGUUAGUAGGCAACAAUUUCCGAUUAUGCCACUAAUAUCUGCUCACCAUAUCGUGUCCAGUUUGAAAAUGGUCCAUCCUAAAUCUUCGUAAAUCGUAGUCCGCAAAAACAAUCGGUUGACCGUUAAAAUUUAAAAAAAAAAUUUAGGCGUACUUUGACGUAAGAGUUUCGGUUAACAGUUCGUUGUUGUUUGCAACUGGAUAUUGAUCAUAACAAUAUCGUUAGCGGUUAGUACUCACUCAUUCCCUCAGGGUUGCCAGAUUAUCAAACAGUUAUUCUCGCAUUACUUAAUUAAUUAAAUGAUUAUAUUAAUAAAAUCUGUGGUGGUACUAUUAGUUAUCUUAACCAUUGUACACCUAAUAUUUUAGUUCAAUUGUUCAAUGAUUAAAAGAAAUAAAAAAUUAGCAUGUUAAACUUAAUAUGAGCAACAUCGGGCGGGAUAACUAGUAUAUUAAAAAUUUAAAUAUUAUUUUGGGACAAAUAACUAGAAGAAAUGUAACAAAAACAAAUAUUAAUUCAUUCAUUCAAUUAUAACAUUAUUUGAAUACUUUUUAUUUACAAAUAACGACAAAAGUGUUUUCAAGGUAAUUGCCUGCAGUUGCCACCAUAGAAUAAAGGUUACCACUAUUCGGCACUGCAGUUAUUAGGUAAUAGGUACUAGACAAAUAAUACAGGAUAAUGGAUCUUUGAUUAUUAGUUUAUGGAUCUAUUUUUAUAUUUUUAACCGUGGUUUUAACAUAGUGUUGUAUAAUUUAAAUGGGAUAAUUAUUAAACACGAAUUAACAAUUCUCCCGGGUAACAUAUCUAUUUCGUCAUAAAUAAUAGUCUUCAUUAUUGAUUAAAUUUUAUAAAAAUUAUAAAUCUACGCAUAUUAAUAGAAUAUUUUAAUGUUAAAAAUCAGAAAAAAAUUUAAUAAAUACAUUUUUGGACAACUUGAAAACUUUAAAAUAAAAAAAGUUGAUACAUUUAGAUCUUCAUGGAUUUCUAGUAUAAAACGUGUAUGAGGAAAAUGUUCCUCGUACCUCGUACAUACAAAUGGUUUAUUCUAAAUUCUAGUACAUGUACGAGAAUUCUCGUACGUCUGGUAAACAAGGCCCGUUCUUACCAACGUAAACAUUGAUUUUUAAACUGAGUUUAUAAGAUAAUCGACUAAUCUUGGUCGGUUAUUAGCCAUAAACUAAGUUUAAGAAUUAGAUAAACGCAUUUUUUUACGUUGGUGAAAACGGCUCUAAGUCAUUUAGUGUAAGCCAUAGAUAUAUUAAACAAAAAAUAAAAAUAAAAUAUUAUGGACCUCCGAAAUAGUAUCUUAACACGUAUCAUAUCAGUUUAAUUUGUAACAGCACGGACUAAGAUAUACCCAUAGGGUGAUUAAUCUUUGGCUAUAUCUAGAUAUAUCUGAACAGUGUCUACACAGUCACAUAUAAGAUAACGAUUAGCCGCCAUUUUGUUGGAGACAUUAUUUUAUACGCGUAGACGAUAGACCAAGGUUAGGUUAUAGACUAUAUUAUAGCAAUCGGCUAUGUAGUAUUAUGUAUAUAUCUGUGGUCAUCAUUCAAAUCGUGUGUUCGUUGCCGUACUACCGUAGUUGUAAAAACUCGCAGUUGCGGUCGGUCGCGACAUAAAAAACACAGUCGCUUAUGUUGGCUGCACUGCUGUAACUAUUGUGCGUAGUCCGUGCCACCGACGGGAACCUCUUUUGUUUCUUGGUCUGUGUUUAUCCGUCGACGUCACGUCGCCGUCGUUGUCGUUUGUCCGUCGUCCGUGCGCUCGUCGUCAUUUCCGUGAGCGCGAUAAUAAUAUACAUCGACGACCGCGCAUCGGGUGCGAAAAUAUCCGAGAGAAACUCGACGACGACGUGGUAUACAUCAUACAACUGCACAAUAACAAAACGCACUAAACGUAUACAAUACACGACACGACAAACGCGUAGUGUUGUCCGUCCCCUCUUCCGCUCUUCCUCUCCCGAAAACACCAACAACCAAAACAACAACACCGCCGACGGGUCAAGUGACGGAAAUUCUCGCACCAGUUGUUGCGCUUAUCUACUACAAGUUUCAACUCUCUAGUCUUUUGUUUUAUCUUGCUCAACCGAUACAAAAUUGUUGCUGUCAAAAACCGAUCGGAACGCGCCAAGAGACUGACAACGCCGUGUGCACGUAAGUUUUUUUUGUUAUCGUUUUGGAGCUUUAAAUUACCAUCCCACUAUAUCAAUUUACACUACCGAUACCGGCCUUGUUUACUUAUUCCGAUCCGAAUAUUGUCGUAACGUUCCUAAAAAAAUGCUAACAAUACUGUUUUUUGGUUCGUGGCCCCGUCGCUUGCGAAUGAUGUAUGGUUUUUCGGCCGAGCAACACUCAAUGGAACCAUCGUAGAAUCGCCUAAUCGGCGCGAUGAACAUGACCUUGUGUUCUAUGGAAUUUUUUGGACGUUUCGCUUUUUGAUUUACCUACACAAAAGAUAGGUACAUUCGUACGUUCUUUGUACGACGGCGACGGGAGUGGGCCCACGGUCAUUGGAGGGGGCAUCACGUGAACUGUCCGUGUCAUUUUUUUUUUUAUUUUGUUCUUCAAUCCUUGUGUCUCCUCAGAGCUUCAGUGUUGUCUCUGUCCUCGGAUGUUUUCUGUGGCUGCUUCCCUCAGCCCUGUUAACGCGAUGGUUGAUUAUUAUUGCGUUUAUGUUUUAUUGUUUAUGCCAAUGCACGUGAUAAUAGUAUUAACGUAUACACGUGUCUAUUUUAGACCGUGUACAUUGUCACCGUACACGAUAAUUAUAAUUACUGUAUCUAUGCCAUUCCACGGCGUUUAUAAUAGAUACGACUAUUCUUGUAACUCGUUCCCCUUCCCCCACACUCCUACGCUUAACUCUGGCUGUUCAUUGUUGUUAUUUUUCGACCAACCGUGUGCGCAUGCGAUCGUCGCCGCGUUAACAAUGCAUUGUUGAAUGGUUCGGUUUUUUUUUUUGUUCGUGGUCUUCAAUAGUUCUACCGUGACGUGAUAACGUCAUUAUUCGUUUUUCGUUUCUGUUAUAAUUAAUUAUUUAAUCAGUCAUGUCGAUAACUAUCUACGAUUACGCAUCGAGUUCGAAACGUUUGGUAAUAGAUACGGUGUUAUGAAAAUAGUACUUUUUACUUCCUCUAUUUUUUUUUUCUAUUCAAUUCUGGCACGCUUAAACUCUGUUGACGACCUCUAAUAAAAUGCAUUCAAAAUCGAUUGGUUUAAAAAUAAAACGGACCUACAUCCUGGGUAUCUUAAGUUACAGCAUACGUAGGCAAUUCUAAGACAUUUUCAAACUGUUGCAAAAGAAAAUAUUUUUCCCGUCUAAAGGAACGAAUGAAAAAUUUGCUUACCUGAACAAUAAUUUGGUAAUUUUAUUUUAAAUGCUAUUUAACUUAGCAUAGAAUUGACAUUAAAGUACUUAGGUCUGUAUGAUGAUAUAAUGUUGCUGAUUGAGGUACAGAUCUUAUAAAGUACUCUUAAAGUUUAGAAAUUAUUUUCCACUUGUAUUUGUCUAUGUUAUGGUAAAUGUUGUGAAAUUGGUUAAUGUUAUAUUUAUAUAUUGAUCUAUUUUGUGCCGUUAAUUUUAAUAUUAGUGUAUAUUGGCUUAUUAUCAAACUUAAAGGUGAAAAUAUUGUUUGUGUUUAUAUGUUGAUUUUUUUUCUAUAUUUUAACUUUUAAGUGAGAUUAGUUGAUCUUACAAUAAUUGUGGUAUUUUACAUAUCCGUAACUCGAAAAUAAAAAUAUCUAAAAAAACUAACACACAAACAUAGACAAUGUUCUUAUCUUUAGAUUUAAUAAUAGACAAAUAUACCCUAAUGUUAAAACUAACAUCUCAAAAUCGGUUUUCAUACGCAAAAAAUAUACAUAUAACGACAUUAACCAUAACAUACCUAUAUAAAAUGAUAUACUUAUUACAUAUUCUGUAGGUACUUGCAUUCUUUUUGUCAAUUGUUGUGUUUUUUAAUAUUUUAAUUUUCACUAUCUAUUUAGACAAAAUCUGACAGACAUAAUAAUUUUUAAUCUUCUACAGUGUCUGAAAUUAGUGGAAGUUUGUAAAAAUUUGUUUUACAUAUCAUUGUAUUUACCUACUUAAUUAUUCAUAACGAAAAAUCUUGGAUAAGAUCAUUGAAAAUAGUUUUUUAAACCCUAAAUAAAUUAUUAUUAACUCUUUUACAGUGAAUAAUGUAUUUCAAAUUUUUUCAAAUUUUUUUUUCAUUAUCUAGGUUAAAAUAGGCACUCACUUGUAUAUUAUUAAACACAGUUUACCUAGUUACUUUUGUUGAAAUUACUUCUAUUAAAUAUUGGUAAUUAACAGAAGUUUUGAUCCUACUGGUUAGUGUAAUAUUGACUGUUACAUAUUUGGAAAAUUAAUAAUAUAAAUAAUUCCAUAUCACUUGAAUAUGUUUAAUGGCCUAUUUAAAAAUUAUUGGCAGCACCUCUACAUUUGUUUUCUGUUGAAAAUACUGGGAGCUGAAAACAAAACUUACUAUAGUUAAUAUAUCUUACAGUUUGAGACAAAACGUUCUGGAUUCAUUACAUAUCAAAAAAUAUUGUUUGAACUUUUGAAAUAGGUACCUACUUAGAUUAUUUUUAAAUAUGCUGACUUCAUUAUGAUUUAAAAUGCAAAUUUAUAUAGUAGUGAUUUUAUUAUAAUACCUAUAUUAUAAUAAUAUCUUAUCAUCUGUAUAAUUAAAAACUGAAGCCUAUAUAUUGAUAUAAAAUUGAUGCAUUACUACUGAUUUAUUAAAAUGCCUAUCUACCUUCCUGUUCUUAAAUACAUGCAAUUAGUUAUUUUUAUUUUAAAUACGAGUUUAACAUUGUUUUCUGCAUAUAGGUACAUGGGCGAUUUUAGAAACACUAAAAUUAUAAUUUUGAGAAUUGAAAAUGAUUAAAUCGUGAAUGUACUUAUCUGGUUUUACACAAUUUUUUAUAAUGUGAUGUCAAUAAUUGUUAUUAUCAGGUACUUAUUACUUAUUCAUAAUAUUAUUUAAUUGUUCUUUAUGUACUUUAAGUACUUAAGUAGGUUAGGUACUGAUAAGUUAGAUUUUCAAAAUAAUUAUGUGGAAUAGGUUAUAUUUUAAAUGUAUUCAAUAGAGAUAGUAAGAAUUCAAAGAGUGAGGCACUGACUUAGAUAGGAUAAAUAUGGGUAGGUAUCUAUUCCAAACAAAUAAUGGAAAAAUUUAAUGUGAAAAAACUUAUUCUUCUACUUUAUAAAAUAAAACCCAAGCUAUUUAUUGUAUUAACUAACCACAAUAUUUUAUAAAUUUCUCAUAAUUUAUUUUGUCCAUUUACCUUUCCAAAGUAUUCAACAAUUAAUAUUUCUAGUGUUAUUAUCCUUUAUAUGUUGUAUAUAAGUAACAUUAGUAUUUUGAGUUAAUAUUAUGCUCUAUUUAAUGGUUAUAUUAUUCAACAAGAUAAUUUAUAAAUAUAUAUUUCUUGUGUAGUUGUUUUACAUCUACUAUGCAUUUACAAUCAAACAUCUUAUAGUAAUAUGAUAAAAGAUAAAACACUGUAAUGUUUUAGGUAUUUGCUUGCCUAAUAAAUAGCCUAUUUCAAUUGAAACAUAUUUAGUUAUGCUAUUAUAAUUAGUUUUAUUUUUAAUAUUUAUUGUUAUCAUUAGGCAUAUAAUACUUACCUAUUUACUUUUAAAUUAUAUGAGAGGCUUUUUUUCGGGCUUCUUUUAUUGCAUUUUUUACAUUACAUUGCUUAAUAUUUUUUUAACUUUGGUUUUAUUUAAGUAUAUAUUUUUAUCAUUAGUUUUUAAUUUUAUAUUGUAUUUUUAAUAUUAAUAAUCAUUUGUUAUGUAACAUGUGUCAUUGUUUUAAUAAGUAGCCUAUCGGGUUAUCACCAUUAAUCAGUGAAAGUGUGCACAUUUUAUUUUUAUUAUUUUUUAAUUCAACACACAAAUUCAGAAACACAAAACCUGUGGACCCCGACAUUUUAGGUUAGUACGGAACUUAUUUUAUACAUUUACCUAUGUAAAAAAAAAAAAAUUAUAAUAGGAUUUAUAGGGCUAGGUAGGUUAAAAUAGUACCUAUUUGCUUUAGUUUCUAUAAGUUAAUCAAUUAAUUUGUUCAUUUUAUGCAAGUAUUAAUAACUACAAAAGUUAUUAGGUAGGAAAUAACCAUCAUGAAUUAUGAUUCAUAAUUUUUUUUAAAAAUAUAUAGCUUGAUAAAAUACAUUGUUAAGGACAAUUUGGUAUGCUUGAGAUUAUAUUAUUUUGUUUACCUCUGUCUACUUACUAUUUUGACUUUUAUAUUAUUAUACUUAGGUAAAAUGUGGGUAUAAUAUUUUAUAUUGUUUUAUUAUCGAUUAUAGUUUGAUAAAAAUUUGCAUUACCUAUUAUAUUACCUAUUAAUGUAUUUAUUUUUUGUCAUAGGUAAUAUAUAAUUGAAAAAAGUAGCAUUUUUUUUGCAAUCAAUUCUGUGGGUUUUGGAGUUUUUACUACAUACUAUUAUGAAUUCAGAAUUCCAAAUCUUGCUAAUCAUACAUUUUUAAAGAUGGCCUUAUUUUAUUUAGUAAUAUUUUUUUUGCAAAAUGUUUAAACAUUUAAAUUCAAUACAAGAGGUACUAUAAUAUAUUUCCAUGGACUUUCUAUUUACAUAUUUUUUUUUUACAUUUCUGAAUUUCUAAAUUCUUAAUAGAUAAGAUCACAUUUGUUUUGUGGAACUGUAUUUUUAAUUUUGCAUUUCUUAUGAGAUAAUUGGUAAAAAAUAAAAAAGAAGUAGGUACUUUGAUAAAUUAUUUUCAUAAAAAAAAAUAAAAUAUUUUUAAUUGUUUAAGCUAAUAACUUAUAUAAAUUAUUAGGUAUCUAAAUUUAUUUUCAUAUUUUCACUUAUUAGAUUUAAUUGAAAGCAAUUUGUUCUGAUGUAAAUAUUUUGGUGGGUAUACAGUGUGUUCCAUGGAGAUCAGAUAAAUCUAACAAAUUUUAGUUCAAUAUUUUUAAUACAUAUAUCUUUUUAAUUUCUAGAGCAUUGUGUUAUGAUUAUUAUAUUGUAUUUAUUUUUUUUAAAACUUUUUUACAAAAUCUAAGAGCUAAUUUAUACAUUUAUUUUGAACAAAAUUUUUGUGUUAUAAACAUUUACUAAAUAUGAGUUGAUUUACAUAAAAUAUAAAUUUAUUCUUUGCAAAUAGUAAUUAAUAAUUAAAAUAUUAUUGUAUUAUUAGGAUUUUUUUUUGUUAUGAAAAAUUGGUAAAUAAAUUGAUAUUUUUAGUAGUAUCAAUGAAAAUAAUUUAAAUUAUUAUAACCUUAUAAAAAAGAAGAAAAUUAACUUAUAAAAUGGUUAUGGAUUUUUUAAACUAUUUUUAACAUAACAAAAAAGGUUGCAUUUGUCAGGUUUUUGAGGAAGAUUCUGUAUAAUGGCAGAAAAUUGGUAUCUAGUAAAUUUUUAAAAUUUCUAUUAAUGAUUUUAUUUAAUUUUAUAUUUUGUACCUAUUUAGGUUUAAUCAAAUUGACAAUAUAAAUAUUACUUAAUAUAUAUUUCUACAACUUAAUUGCAUGAUAUUUUUAGUUAGGUACCUACAUUAGGUAGGUAGGUAGUUAGUAUAUUAAUUACUGUAAUGAAAAAAAACAAUUGUUUUAUUAUGCUUUCUAUUUUAUAUUUAAUUAGUAUUUGAUUUGUAUCUAAACUUUUGUUUCGUAGGCUUUAUAGGUAUCAAAUAUAGUAUAAUUAUUUUAAAUUGAAGAAUAAUCAAAAUGAUAUAUUAUAUUAAUAAAUACUUACUAAUAAUUGAAUAAUAUUUAUUGAAUUGGUACUAAGUACCUAUACGAGUUUUUAAUAGUUAAAAUGUAGGAGAAAAAUAUCAUAUUUUCAUUUUGUUCGAAACUCUUAUAGUAGGUCUAUUCUGAAAUUUGAUAUUAAUUAAUUAGCUGAAUUUAUAUACAUAAUAUUAUUAGGUACUAUUUUUAUUUUUCUUUAUUACUAUGUACUGAGUUACAUAUUUGGAUUUGACAAAUAGUGUAAUAGUGUGCUAUGUAAUAAAAUAGUAUAUAUUGCAAAAUGUAUUUAUUGUUUUAUCAUUUAAAAUAAUAUUUUUUAUUUAUAUACUAUUUAAUUGAGAUUAUCUUACUUCAAUUGUAUCUAUAUAAAUAUGAAUAAUACAAUGUCUAGAAUAUUUCAUUAUAAUAAUAAUAAUACCUAUUUAAAAUAUGUAUUGUUACAGUUUUGUAUGCAGUGUGUAUGCUGUUUUCUACAAUCUAUGCACAAAAGAAAUGAUUACAUCUCUUCUACGAAAUGAACGCACGUUCCCACUCUCUUGAGUUAAGCGUUGAAGGCUUUCAAGUAGAUGAAGUCGUCCGCUGUCUAUUUCAUACUGUUCUUCUACAUCGAUCACUUGGAAAAUUUAGUUUUGCUCCCGACGGCACAUAUACUAUGGGUACUGUAGGUCUACAAGAUGUUGAUUGUGAUUUCAUUGAUUUUACAUACAUAUGUUGUUCAUCACCACAUUUAGACCGUAAACUUCGAAGUGACAUUUCAGAAUUUUCUGAAUGCCUUAGACGUGACAAUCACACGUUUGGACAAAUCACAUUAGAAUUUUUUCAGAAAAAAAAAGCUAGAUGGCCAUUUCAGCCAGAGAGUAUACCUUGGGAAGUGUGGAACGUGCGUGUGGAUUUGUUGAAAAUUUAUAACGAAACUAAUAGACAAAUAUCAAGGGAAAAAAUAAGUGACUCUUUGAGUGACAAAAUAAUUUACAUAGCGGAAAUAAUGAACAGGCAUGAGUACUUGCCUAGUAUACCACCACAGUCUGAGUUGGAUUUAGUAUUUGACACGUCAUUCGCUGAUAUUCAACCAUACUUAUUUAAGACAAAUUACCUAACUGAUAAUGCAAGUAGCCCUUCCGUCGGAUCAGCUGUUCAAAAGCUUAUACGAGACACAUUGUCGUUAUCGUAACCAUCAUUUCAUUAUAAUAAUAUUUGUCUGUAUUUACCAAACACCUAUUAGUGGUAACUUAAAAUUAGUACAAAGUAGAGUAUAUUAUAUAAGGCUAAAAUUGUGACAUUUCAAUAUUAAUACUUUUUUCAUAAAAUCUAUUCAAUCUACCUAUAUUGUUUUAAUUUUUAAUGAAUAAUUUUUUUUUUAAAUUUUUAUUGAAAAAUUGAUAAAUUUAGUUUUGGUAAGAUUAAGAAAAUAAAUUUAUUUUAUUUUUCUUAUUUUGCAUGCCAGUUUAAGACUUGCAAUUUUUUUUAUAUUUUGUUCAAAAAAGUAACUACAAUAUAUUAUAUGCCUGUUAUUAAAUGUUUACCUUCUUUAAUUUGCCUAUCCUCUUUAACCAAUAUUUUUAAUAAUAUGCUCUCAUUAAAAUUUAAAUUAUAACCAUUAAUUAUAUAAUUUAACCAACAUUUAAAUAUGUUAUAAAUAUGACUAAGACUGCAAUUUCAUAUUAUUUUAUUAUUAUAACGGUAAUCAACAAGAAAUAUUUUUAAUUUGUUGUCUAUUAUUAUUUAAUUAAUGGGUAAUGUUUCAGUCAUUAUUAUUUUUUAUUUUUUUUUUGGGGCAACUACUUUAAAUUUUAUUCCGUGUGUACAUAGUUAAAGUGUACCUUUUUUUUUGUAGUUUUUUUUUUCCAAUCAUAAUGAUGUAAAUUGUUCAUUUUAUUUUUAUGUUUUGUUAACUGCCAAUUAUCAGCAAUAUUUGUAUGUAUGCGCUUUGUUGUUCAAAAAAUAUAUCAUGUUAAAAAAAAAAAAAAAAAAGGAUUUUAAAAUAAAUCAAAGUAUAAUUGUGUGUUUAUUUCCAUUAUAAUGGAAAUCGGUUAUUUUAUAUAGAAAUACCUAUUUAUAUAAUUGUACAUUUCCAUUUGACUUAUAUAGGUGUGUAUAUUAUUUUGCACUUGUAUUAUAUAUAUUUUUUUUAAUUGGUGAUAAUUUUAUUACUUUUAGUGUGUUUAAAUAUAAAAAAAAAAAAAAAAAUGUUAAACCUAUUGUGGGUAAAAUUUAUUUUACUGCCAAAUAGGCUUACUAAUGAUUAAAAUUAUUUUAGAUAUACAUUUGUUAUUUUUAUUAUAUUUUUCAUAAAUGAUCAACGCAUUAUUAUAUUAUACAAUGCAAUGUUCUGUUGUGAGUCUGAAAAAAAUGAAAUAUGUAAAUUUUUUGUUUUGUAGUACCUACUUGGUUCACUGUAUUAUAAUUUUCAUAUUGAUUUAAUUUUUAUUAUUAAACAUAAUAAAAACAAAGAAAAUUGAUUUCAGUAUUGUUUUAUUUUUAUUAAUUUAAACAUUGAGUAUAAAUCGUAACCUUAAAGUAUAUGUCCUAUUCAUAUUAUUAUUUUAUACAUUCAUAGUCAUUUGCAAAAAUGCAUACAAAAUUAAUAUGGUAAUAGUUAAUUAAUGCAUUCUUUGUUAAUAUGUUAAAAUGUUCCUGGGUUUAUUCAUUAAUAUUAACUAUCUCAGUGUAAAAAUUACAAAAUUAAAAAAAAAAAAAAAACAAGAAAGCAUAAUUUAUUGAACAUUCUUUCCUCUUUAAAGAAGUACUAUUUGAUCUUUUUUUGAUAGAUGUAUAUAAAUAUGAGUGUUAUUUUGAAUUUAUAAUAGUUGUGUUAUCAUUUUAAUGCUAUUGUCUUAGACAAGUAUUUUGAACUCCAAAUUUAUUUUGUUUUAAUCUUCAAUUUAUGUUGGUGGUCUAUAAUAGUACAAAUAUGUACAAAUUAUUUUGAACAGUGGAUUUAAGUAUUUAUAUCAACUGGUAUAGAUAAUAAAACUAAUUUAGAAUUACAAUCGAUAUUAAUUAUUGAUAAUUGUACAUUUUUGUAAAUGAAAAAAAAAUUAGUUAAUGAUUACAUAGGUAUAAAUGGGCGAGUUAUUCAAAAUGAAACUUAAUUAUAUUAUAAAACUAUGCAAAUAAUAAAAUUGUGUUACUUGUGUAAGUCAUUAUUUAAAUUGGUCGGAUAAUUAUCAUAUUAUAUAGGUGUAGAUUUUGUUACAAAUUUUUAUAAAAAUUAAAUAUAAAAUUCUUGAACACUGAAUUAACUUGGUAGCUAUACUUAAAUUCAAUGUUUCAUAAUAUUUAUUUAUCACAUUUGCAUAUGUAAAUUGCAUAUGUGCCCUUUCACAUGAGAUGUGUUGUCAAAAUAUAAAACUUGAAUAUUAUAAUUACUUACAUACCUAUAUUUGAAAAUUUGUCAUUUUGCUGAUACUAUUUAAAUAGACUGUAAUUCUAUUUCACCAUUUUUGUUAUAAAACAUUUUUUAAUUAGAUUGAUUAUUCAAAUAAUACCCACACUACCUAUAAGUCUAUAAUACUGCUGCUUUCUGAUAUUAGACCGUUUAGCCAUUAUAAUAAUAUUUAUCAAUAUCAUAAUCUAACUACAAUUAAAUACUAAUUUCAACGUUUUGAAGAAUACUAUCUACUGCAUAGUUCAGAGUGUAAAAUGUUAUUAAAAUAUUUAUACUGAUAUUAUUUAUCAUAAAUAAUAGUUGUGUCCAUUGCUACUAUGUACACAUUUUUAUGUGUUGAAUCUAUGUUCAUUAUACAAAAUGUAUCUUUCCGAUUUUACAGGAUAUUUCGUAUCCACAUACCUGUAUUCAUGUGAUGUCAUAUAAUGAGUUCGCCAAGAAAUAAACCAAUCGCAUACCGUUCUUACUCAACCAAAACACAGUCUGCCAAAGGUAAUUUAAAUACAUUAAUAAUUAUUUUUAUAUUUAUUGUUAUUUUGUUUUUGAUACCUAUUUUACACGCUGAAAAAAAUGGAUAAUCACGUUUUGAAUAUUAAGAUAUAUAUAUAUAUAUAUUCGUUUCAAUUACUAUUGGUAUAUUAUGUAAACAUUAUAAAAUGUUAGAAUGUUACAAAUUUACUAUAAAUAGGUUGUAGAUUGGUUACAUAGGUACUGCAGGAAUUAUUUUUUUUAGUAAAUCAAAAAAAAAUUAAAAAAAGUUUGUUUGAUAAGAUUAAAAAUUAAAAUUUAUCCUGAUAUAAAGGUAAUUGAACUAGCUCUUAUUGUGUUUUCAGAAUUGAGAAUAAUGAGAAAAACAUUACUUGUGUUGUAGGUUUACUUUUAAUUAGGUAAAAUAAUGUAGAUUAAAUAAUUUCAGUUUAAUACUGUUGCACAAUUAAACUUGUUGUCUAUUAUUUAUUAUAUCUACACUCAGAAAAUAUCUAUAAAAUAAAAAAGAAUCAUUGUUUAAACAAGCUCAGAAAUCUGAAGUAGAUUGUACUAAUAUCUUUGUAAUUUAUAAUAUAUUUUAAUUUUGUAUAAGUAAUACAUAAAUUAAUUGAUAUUUAUAUUAGAUAACAAUAUUUAUAUAUUUAUUAUAUAUAUAAUUAAAUGUAAGAAGUUACUAGCUGCAAUUUACUAACAAUUAUGCAUAAUAUAAUAUUAGUAGGUAUCUAAUACCUAUAGAAUUGUUAGCAAUAAUAAUAAUAAUAAGUUAAACAAAUUAUAACAAUUUAUAAAAAAUAAAUAUGUAAUUUUAAACUUAUACAAUAUAGUUUUAUGAAUUUUUUUUUACACAAUUCUGAAGAUUAUUAAAUUCAUGAAAAUAAUUAAAGAUUAAUUAUUCAAUAGUUAUAUUAUAGGUAGCAUUUAUGUUAACUAGGUAAUUUGUUAGCUGUACAAGCACACAUAGAUAUAAUUAUUGGGUUUUAAUUAUGGAUUUACUUACUUAAGUAAUGAAUAUUAAAUACUUUAAAAAUUAUAAAAGGUUUAUUUUAAAAUAUGUGUUGUGUACCUACACAAAUUUAGAUACAUAUCUAUUAUUUACUUAUUAUUUGUCUAAUAUAGUUUUUAUAUUUACACAAGAUGACUUGUGUUCAUAGAAUGAUAAACUAAAUAAACAAAUGCUUCAAAUUAACUGUAUGUGUUUAUUUUAUUUUAGUGUUGAGUAGUGAAUAUAGCGGUAGUGAGAGUGAAUCAUUUGAUGAUAUUAAUGAUGGCCACAGAUCAGCAAUUAGACAAGAACCACAAGGUCAGGAAACACACAAAGACUUCUCCUUAUCAACACCAUCUGCCUAUGAUACACUAAUUAUUCAUAACGAUGUCGGGCCUAGAUUCAGUACAGGCAUACCUAAAUAUCGUUAUGGGAAUAGAGAAGAAAUUAAAAACCAGUGCCAGAAAAAUGGGGGACGACAAAAUGAUAUGGGCGUAAGGGAAAUAACCAAUAUACCGGAUGAUUAUCUGAGUCAAUCUCAUGUAUGAUAUAAAUUGAUGACAAUAUUAACAUUAUAGCCUAAAUUAAAUUAUUAAUUGUUUAUUUUAGGUUUUAAAGCAUCUUGCUAAAGAAGUCAAAGUAGAUCCAUCAAAACGUGAUACUAAUUUGUCUCGAUGGCAUGAUACUGAUAAAAAUACAUGGUUACCAGAAUAUCGACCAGUUCCUAUAAGAAAUUUGGUUAAGUCAAAAUCUCAACCAAAUCUUGGUACAGGGCUGUUAAAAAUUGAACGCUGUGAAACUGAUCCCAUGAGACACACACUAGGAAAUACCAGGUAUUAUCAGUAUUUAUUAAAUUAAGUAGUAACAAAAUAUUAAACAUUUAAUGAUUCCAGGAAAGAUCAAAAAAUGUUGUCCAUAGUGGACUGUUUAAUGAUGGAAAACAAAAGUCUGAAAAUAGAAUUGGAAUCGUGCCAUCAAAAAGUUGCCAAAUCGUACAGGGUAAACAUAAUUUACUUACUUUUAUUCAAUUGCUCACAUGUUUGUAUUUAUAAUGAUCACCAAAUGAACAUAAAAUUGACCAAUGGGUUCUCAACAUUUUUAUGUGUAUUUAAAAAAAAUAAAAAUAUAUAAAUAUAUAAAUUUGUAUUAUUUUAUUAGCUUGAGCAAGAAGUAUCUAAAGUAUAUCGUUCUCAUCAAGAACUUGUAGAAUCUAGUGAACGACGAGAAAGACUUGAGCGAACUGCUAGAUUAAAACUUCAAGCAGAAGUUAGGCGUUUACAAGAACAAAACCGCGCUUUACGGGAUCAAUCACUGGCUUCCUCAAAUAUAGUAGAUUCUAAUCAAAUGGUAAAACGUGAAACCCUGAUAGCUCAGUUGAUAACUCAAAGUAUGUUGUAAAUUAUUUUUUUAUGAAAUAAUUAAUUAUUAUAAUAAACUAUUAUAUAUAUAUUACUAUAUAAUUAACUAUUAUUUGCUUUUAGGUAAAGAAUUAUUAGCAGCUAAAGAUCGCCAGGAAAUUGAAUUGGCUGCUCAACGAGCUACACUUGAAGAACAGCGAACUCAUAUUGAUAUACUAGAUACAGCAUUAACCAAUGCUCAGUCUAAUGUGGUGCGUCUAGAAGAAGAAUGCCGUAAAAAGCAAGUACACGUUGAAAGAGUUGCUCAACUUCAAAGAGCACUAUCUUCUCUUCAGUUAGCAAGUGAUCGUCGCGAACAGACAGAGAGAAAACUAAGACUUCAAUUAGAGCGUGAGCUACGAAAUGAACGAGCACGAAAUAAUAAUGCUUCCCAAGAUGGCUCCACAGGUAUCUUAAACUAUAUGUGUAUAUUUUUUGAUUGAUGCUUAAUAUGUAACAAUUUUAGAUAAUGAGCCUGGUGAAAGUUUGCCUGAUUUGAAACGUAUGCUACGUGAAAAAGAUGAAAAAAUAAUGAGAUUAGAGGGUGAAGUAGCAAAAUGGGAGCAACGGUAUUUAGAAGAGAGUGAAUUACGACAAGCUGCUAUAGAUGCAGCAAGUAUACCAAAGUAAUUAAUUUACCUUUAAAAAUACCUGAAUUAUAAUAUAAUUUAAUACAAUGUAUUACUAAGGGAUGCAAAAAUAGCAGCAUUGGAAAAAACUGGCCAAGAAAGUGAAAAACUCAUUGCAGAAGCACGUUCAGAUAAGUUAAAACAAAUGGAAGAAGUACAUGCGGCACAAAAAAAACUCAGCGAAUUAGAAUCGCGGUAUAUAAAAUAACUUAUUUAUUGUUACAUUUAAAAUAAAUUAUUUGUUUAAUAAUAAUUAAUUAUAGAAUGAAAGAAUUGGAAUCUAGAUUAGCUGAACGUGAUGCGAUGAUAAGAGUACUACAAAAAAAGCAUAGUUUUGAAAAAGAUGUAUCGGGAUCAUAUCCAAGUAUAUGUCUUGGUCAUCAUACUCCUCAUUCAAGUCUUAAUACUACAGAUUUAACUUCUGAUGACCUCGGUAAAUAUGUUAUGACGUUAUUUAAGGAAUGUUGAGAUCUAUGCUAUUGAAUUUAGAGUUAAUUCUAAAAUGCAUAUUUCAGACUUAAUGUUGAUAUUUUCUAAAUGACAAAUGCUAUUAAUUUUUAAUAACUAAAACAAUAUUAUGUCAGUGAUAACAAUUUUAUUUUUAUAACACAAUGCAAUAAUAAAUAACAUAAUUUUUAAAAUUUUAAAGUAUCUUGUUAUUUAUUACAACAGAAUAAAUUAAUUUGAUAUUAAUAUUAGGUAUUAUUUGUUAAGUAGUAGUAUUUAAUGUACAAAUAUGUUUGACAUAAAAAUUAAAAUAGGGAAUCAACAGAUUACCUGUCCCAACAUUUAUUUAGUAUAAACCAAAAAUAUAAGUUUUUUUUAAAAAUUAAUUUAUUUUAACUUUGAAAUUGUUAUUUAAAUACAGUUUUAUAUAAAUAACAACUUAUUUGACAAACUGUAAAAAUAUAAUUGAUUUCUAUUAUUUUUGUUGAAUUUUCCUGAAAAUAAAGAUUAUUAUACUGUAAUAUGCCUGUUAAAAAUAUAUUUUUCCCCAUAUUUUUGGAUACUUUUAGAGGUUCUCACUUGAUUAAAUGAGUUUAAAUUCAGGUAUUUGAGUUUUUUGUAAUAGUGAAUUAAAUUGAUAAAAUUUUUGUAGGGGUAGGGUAAUGUAAUAAAACUAAUAACCAUAAGUAUUUUAGAUGAAUUAUAAAAAGAGCUGAUAAUGGGGAUGGGUACAGCCACUGUAAAUUGCUGUUUUAUUUAUAAUUGUCUUUCCUGUUUUUUCCCAAUUAUUUUGAAAACCUCUAGAAAAAUUAAAAAAUGACCUGUCUAAUACAUGAACUAGACAAAAUUUCUUUUCUGGAAAGGUACUACACUUUGUAUAUUGUACAAUGUACAUUUCUAUUAGAAAAAAUGUUUGCAGUUUCCCCAAAAAAAUACACGCAGUAAAAUUAAUAGAUCCCACAUUAUGCUCCAAAUCUAAAACAAAAAAUGAAAUAUUAUAACAGCAACAAGUAAGCUGGAGGAAUAUUUGAAUCUAGUGACUGUGCUAUCAUGGGUGUUCUUUUUUUUUUUAAAAUUUGCAUUUUUUUAUACUUUAAUAAUAAAGUUAUUAAUUCUUUUAGGUUUUGGUUCAAACAAUUCAUAUACGAGUAGUGUGGACAGCACUUAUCAUCAUCAUCAUGGUAAUAAGUAUUCAUCUGCAAAUCAAAGCUUUGAUCAUAAAUCAUUAGAUGAUCAAUUAAAAGAAUUGGAUUCACAACUACUGAACAAGGUAAACAGCACUGUUGCAGAAUCACCUUACACUGAUUCAGUUUCUGAUGUUGUCUAUUUGUUUUGAUUGUUAAAAAUUGUCUUGUUUGUUUUAAUAAUAUUAUAUAACAAACGUUUUUCGUUAUGUCUUUUUAGUUUUUACUCACUACUAUAUCAUAUUUUGUGUGUGUGGAUGUUAAAUUUUUAAAUUAUUUACAUUUAAAUGUUGUUUAUUGGCCUGUUCCUCUGAGGUAACUAACACGUUCUCCCUUACUUGAGUUAUUUUGUGUUCAAUUAAACCUUGUGUGAAUACAUUCAAAUUACAAAUAUCUGAUAUAAUCAAACCAAGAAAAUGUAAACAAUAAUAAUGAUAUGAUAUAUAUUAAAAUUCAAGUCAUUUUUUUCAUUUGUAGUUAAAAAAAUAUUGUGUGAACUAAUUUUUUAAAGGUAUUCUAAUGUCUUGAUAAAGGUAUUUUAUUUUAUUUCUUGGCUUUUUUUCGAGUGAAUUAAUCAGGCAUGAGUUUUAUACAAAUUUCGGUUGAAUUAAAAAAUAAAAAAUUGCAAGAGAAUUGGACGUUUAUUGGGUGCCUGGAUGGGGGGACGUGUUUGUUUUUGUUUUCAGAGAGGUCUUUGCUGUUUUCCAGGCUUCUCUCAUACGGGCUCUUUGUCACGAAAAGCAAAAACACCCCAACCACUACUGGAGGGUGUAACUGGCAACUUCCUUGGUCACCGGGCUGAUGACAUCAUGCUUUUGGAAAAACAAGGUUUGUGCUCACAAGCACAACGCCAAACACAAGAGAGUCGUUGUGGCAGUUUACCUCCUAGUUCACUUCCUCGGCCUAAACGUCACAGGAAAUCCAGUGGAAAAGUCGGAGAGUAUGGUCGUCUCAGUGAUUCAGAUGUUAAGUCCAAAGAAGUGAAAAAGUUAGGUGAAUACAAUCACUUUAAUGACAGCCGAAAGAACUCAUUAAAUUCCUUGGAUACGUCUAGUGAUGCUAGUACUGCCCCAAACACUCCUACAGAAUGUCCCCCGACUGUAAAAUUUGAACCAUUAGAACGAUCACUUCGUCAGUCACCUUUACCACCAGAUGGACGUUACCGUAGAUCUCGCCGUGAAUCAGAUGACAUUACCUCUAGAGAAUCAUCUUGCACUGGUCCCAGAGAAUCUCCUUCUAGAAGUAGUGUAAACCAGGAAUCAAGAUCUAGUAUCACUAGAGAAUCCCCUCCUAGAGCAAUGAUGGUUGGCCCUAGAGAUUCUCCAGGUAAGAGUAUACUCGAUCCCCCGAGAGUAAUGGCUAGAGAAUCUCCAGGCCGUUCGUUUUAUAAAGACUCACAAAGAAGUUUUAUCCCGUCGCCUAGAAAAAUUGAUUUCGGAAGUCUGUGCACGCCAGAUUCAAAUAAGAUGACAAAUGUUGAGUCCAAGUUGAGGAUAUUUUCUCCGGGAGGUGUUCAAGGAAGAAGAGGAUCGUUGCAAAGAGAUGGGAUUUACAAGGGAGAUUCAAAUAAUAAGAAUGGUGUUCGAUCAUUGCCUACCCCAAACAAAUAUAGAAUUCAGUUUUGA